ACCAGCUUCACGCAGCAACAUGGGCCCGUUGCCACAAAGUUGCAAUGGUCCCUUCGUUGUAGUUACAUCUUUUUUGCAUAACCGCACCAAUUUAGCCACGUAUGACGCCGCUUCAACUGCUUACUUUUAUCCAAUAGUCCAAACGCACAUAGUUCUUUAACGCUAUGUUGCCUGUAAAAAUCCAACCAACGGUAGAGUAAUAAACGUUUACCUGAAAUUGGGCUUCAAGCUGGCAUCGCUUUUACCGACCGAUCAUCUGGAGGAAGCCACGAGCCUAGGACUGCCCAGGGACAUCAAACCUUAAUUGCACGACCCAGCCUUUAAUUAGCAGCAUGGCAGUAUAUAUAGGGUUUAAGGAGAAAGCCAUAGAGUUUGCCAAACAAGCGGUUGAGCAGGACGAGGCGAACAACUACGCGAAGGCGUUGGACCUGUACAAAACGUCGCUUGAGUACUUUAAGACGUAUUUGAAAUAUGAGAAGAACGAGAAGUGCAGGGAGGCCGUCGUUGCCAAGUUCAAGGAGUACCUUUCACGGGCAGAGUACCUUAAAGGCAUCACCGACAACAACGACACCGCUGGCAACGGCAGCGGCACAGCGUCGGCUCAAAGAGUCCGCAAGCCAGGGCAAAAGGAGGAGGACGACAACAAGGAGAAGGAGAAGCUGAAGGCGGGACUUACCGGGGCCAUCCUUACAGAGAAGCCCAACGUCCGGUGGGACGACGUGGCGGGCUUGGAGGGCGCCAAGGAGGCUCUCAAGGAGGCCGUCAUCCUGCCGGUCAAGUUCCCGCAGUUCUACGCAGGCAAGCGAAAACCUUGGAGCGGGAUCCUGCUGUACGGACCGCCUGGUACGGGCAAGUCGUACUUGGCAAAGGCUGUGGCGACGGAGGCGGACUCGACCUUCUUCAGCGUCUCCUCGCAGGACCUGGUUUCCAAGUGGCUGGGCGAGAGCGAGAAGCUCGUGUCGCAGCUGUUUGCGUUGGCCCGCGAGAACGCGCCGUCCAUCAUCUUCAUUGACGAGGUUGACUCGCUGUGCAGCGUGCGGGGCGACAACGAGAGCGAGGCCGCUCGCCGCAUCAAAACACAGCUCAUGAUUGAGAUCCAGGGCGUGGGCACCAACAACAGCCGAGUGCUGGUGCUGGGCGCAACCAACCUGCCGUACAACCUGGACCAGGCGAUUCGCCGUCGCUUCGAUAAGCGCAUCUACAUUCCGCUGCCGGACGAGACGGCGCGUGCGCACAUGUUCCGCAUUCAUCUGGGCGACACACCCAACACGCUUACAGACGAGGACUACCGCGAGCUGGGUCGCCGCACGGAGGGCUUCUCCGGCAGCGAUGUGAGCGUGGCGGUGAAGGACGUGCUCAUGCAACCCAUCCGGCUGCUGCGGGAGGCAACGCACUUCAAGCGGGUGCGCACGCCAGAUGGAGGCGAGGGCUGGGAGCCCUGCAGCCCCGGGGACAGCGGAGCCCAGGAGCUCAGCCUCAACUACUUUGCGGAAAAUGGACUUGCCGAUAAGGUGCUGCCGCCGCGCAUUACCAUGAGAGAUUUUGAGAAGGUCCUCAUGCGCGCCCGGCCAACGGUGGGCAAGGGCGACCUGGAAGUCUUCGAGCGCUUCACUUCGGAGUUUGGCGAGGAGGCCUCGUAGGCGGCUAUCGGUGGUUAGGGAGCAUGGUUGCUUUGGUGUUCAGGAGGCAUGGCCGCUUUGGUGUUUCGACAGCCUUCUACGGGGCCAUGGUCUUUCUGGGGGCCUGCAGAAGCCCGCAGCGCUGGCAUGCGCCUGUAGGUUUUCCUUUCAUGUCGCUCGGUAGCGGCAGCACCAUACCUCCCUGGACGCAUGAGUUGGGAGGUUCACCUUCACCGUGCUAUGCGGGAUUGUGCGGAUGGCUGCAGGAGCUCGGUGGCAUCAGAGGAGCAGCGCAGGUGUAGGUGGGGACCGAGUUGCAUACGCAUGAGUUAAGCCUGUAUUUUUAUAGCGAAGGCCAAGGAGUUGAAGGGAUUUAGAUAGGCUUGGGCUUUGCGGCGUGGAGGAUUGAGGUGCAGUGUGAAGGAGGUGAGGUAGAGGUGGCGGAACAAAUGUAACGUGCAAAGUGAACGUGUAGGUAACGAGCACUUGGUGCUGCAUGUAUGCUUUUAAGUGCAAGGGUUAUAUAUGCCACCAGCUGCGAAAAUAUCCACUCAGCGGACACCAGGAGCAUCAGGGUGCUGCAAUGCGUAGGCGAAAGCAACGAGAAAUGGCAGUUGGCUUUGGAGGCGAGAGCCCAGGG